AUGGGCUUCAAUGUACCAAUUAUCAAUCGUGAUAGUGAUUGGUGUCGUGAAUGGUUGGAUCAAAGGAUCAAACAACCACAUAUACAAAAAAAGCUCGUACUUGUUAUUGUUUCUGUUGCUUUGCUGCUUGAUAAUAUGCUGUAUAUGGUGAUUGUACCGAUAAUUCCGAAAUAUCUGCGGGAUAUUCAUGCUUAUGAUGUGCAAUUUGUUGGAUAUCAUAAUGAAACGAAAAAGUUGAAAAAUGGUACUGUUGUUGUUCGUAUGACUGGUGGUGAAAUUGACUAUUUGAAUGAGGAUAUUGGACUUGGAUGGCUAUUUGCAUCCAAAGCACUUAUUCAGAUUUUUGUUAAUCCAUUUUCUGGGUAUAUCAUCGAUCGAAUUGGCUAUGAAUUACCGAUGGUUAUCGGUUUAUGCGUAAUGUUCAGUUCGACAGCUAUUUUUGCAUUGGGACGAAGCUAUGGCGUAUUGUUUUUUGCCAGAUCAUUACAAGGAUUUGGUUCCGCAUUUGCUGAUACUUCCGGUCUUGCGAUGAUUGCUGAUCGCUUCACAGAAGAAAAUGAACGAUCAGCAGCGCUUGGUAUCGCUCUAGCAUUCAUAUCAUUCGGUAGCUUGGUAGCACCGCCUUACGGUUCUGUCCUUUAUUCACUAGCCGGGAAACCGAUACCAUUCCUGAUUUUAUCCUUGAUAUGUCUUUUUGAUGGAUUCAUGGUUUUCAUGGUCAUUCAACCGAAAACCAAUAAUAAACAAAUGAAUACAGCCGGUGAACGAAUACAUGGUACACCAAUGUGGCGGCUAUUUAUGGAUAAAUAUAUUGCCAUCUGUGCAGGUGCCCUUAUCACAGCAAACAUCAGUUUGGCAUUCUUGGAACCAACAAUCACAACCUGGAUAGCUAAUGCUAUCCCAGACACUCCGGCAUGGAUGGUUGGCAUCAUAUGGUUUCCACCAUUCUUCCCACACGUUUUGGGUGUUUACGUCACCGUUCGUCUCAUGCAUCGUUACCCACAAAAAGAGUGGCUUUUGGCAGCGAUCGGUUUAGCUAUGGAAGGCUUCAGUUGUUUCAUGAUACCCUUCACCAGUUCCGUCCUUCAACUGAUCCUACCCCUCUCAACAUUAUGUUUCGGAAUUGCCCUGAUUGAUACAUCACUGCUACCAAUGCUCGGAUACUUGGUUGAUACUCGUCAUGUCAGUGUUUACGGUAGUGUUUACGCCAUUGCUGAUAUCUCUUACAGUUUGGCAUAUGCAUUUGGGCCAAUUAUUGCUGGAGAAAUUGUCGCAACGAUGGGUUUCCUGGCUCUAAAUAUUAUUAUUUUUGUUUUGAAUAUUGCUUAUACACCGGUAUUAUCGAUUUUGAGACAAGUCUAUAUAUAUCAACCAUUUGAAGAAAAGCAACAACGACCAAAAGAACAGCAGCAGCAGGCACUAUUUGGUACCAAUGGCAGUGAUAAUGAUGAUAUCACUGAACAGAGUUUCGAUAUUCCACAACAACGAGGUUAUGGUGCCAUCCAACAGCAGCGUGACGAAUCGGUAAAUCAGUGGAAUCUACCAGAACAUCCAGCUGCUUAUAAAUCCGACGAUCCGUUAAAUGUACAAUGGUAGUGGAAGAUUUUCUUCAGUGGAUAGGAUAUUAA